GCCUGGCGCAACAAACUCGAGUACAUGGGCGCCCAGGCCGUGACUGAUGUCGCUCGGGCCGAUAUCAUUGUGGCCAAAGCACACACUUCAGAAACCGAGGCGUUGGACAAGAUGGUCGUACUUCCGCGUUGGGUUGACAUGUGUUUCGAGCGCUUUUUGGCUUCGGAUGGCGCCGAGGUGGAGGCCACUCGCGAAUAUCAAAUCCUUGCCAAGCCCAUGGCCGGCGUCAAGGCCAUGUAUCUUCUGACCGACAGCAUGGCCCGCUUUUGUGCCUCACAAGUCGAAGAGCUUGGGGCAGAGACCGCACAGUCCAUCGAUGAAAAUGGUGUCACGCAUCUCGUCGUCAAUCCCAAGACCAUGACAGAGCAUUGGGAGAUGCUGCAGGAUGCCUGGGCUCGUGGGAUGCGCGUGGUCGACACCAAGUGGUGCAACGAAUGCCGCAAGGUCGGCGGCUACGUGGCCGAAGACAAAUUCUCCUUUGUGCCGGCUGACUUUGAGCCCGUGGCAGAUGCCGGCAAUGACAGCAUGGAUCUGGACGUGUCCAUGAGUACCCCUUUUACGAGCCCGACCCACACUCCCAUCAAAACGCCCCUCUCCGUGCUCAAGCAGAAGCACGCGUCCAUGGCUGGCAUCCACUCCCCGCUGGUGCACGUUCACAAGCGUGAGGUGGUGAUUGCUAGUCCGUUGCAUCGUGCGCGAAGCGAAAGUCAUGCCGCAGACGAUGACACCGCUGAUGAGCUCAGUGCAAAGCGCCGUGAGAAGGUCGAGGAGAUGAAGAGUUGCGAGCUUACUCUGCAAAACACCAUGUCACAAAUGAUUAUCUUGCAAAAGAUGAUUGGCAAUUCCAACAUCCGACUGCAUCCGCAUUUGAUGACUAUGUUUGAUCACUUUCACAUUAUGGAGGAGCUGGCACGAUCGGUGGUCGAGGCCCUAGUGGUGACUCUGGAACGUUGGACACCCGAGACUUGCUUGGCCCCCGUCUUUUCUGAUGCUGUCCUCAAGGACUUUCAACGUGCGUACAAGAAGAUUGUGGCGCAAACAGACAUGUACUGCGCUGAGCUCGCCAAGGACAUGGAGCGCAGUCGGCCCCUGGCCGACAUUGUCCGUGCCUUUGAAAUGCGCAAGGAGUGCCGGCGCCAACGGGUCUUGGACAUGCUGCGCUUUCCCACCCAGCACAUCAUGCGCUACAACCUCCACCUUGAUGCCAUCCUCAAGAAGUUGCCCAGCUCCCAUCCCGACAAGGCGGGCCUCAAUAAUGUCAAAACGGCGUUCAAGCAUCUCCUUCAACACACGGAGAACAUCACCAUUCGCAAUGAGAAGCUGGGCGAGAUCCUCGAGCUGCGCAACCAGAUCGAGGGCAUGCGGGACAAGACCAUCAGUGGCACCAUCAGCGGCACCGCAGGGCAGACCGUGGAGCUGAUUUAUCGCACCAACUGUGUCGAGAUUGCCGACUCACGUCGCCAGCGCCACGUUGUGCUUAUCAGCAACGUCAUCUUGGUUCUCGCCCCUCGAAACCUGCUCAAGGGCGUGGCACUAGGCGUCAAGCAACGCUACAAGUACAAAUACAUUAGUCACUGGCCUCUUGACAGCGUUCAAGCCAUCAUUGAUACGGCACAUGGGCGUUCAGUACGUCUGCAGCGGUUGGAUGACCAUGGCGAGGUGGUCUUGCCUCGGGCCGUGGCCCGCGGCACCCUUUCCAAGCGCAAGUCAGUCGUGCGCACAAAUGAGCUGAACAUGAGCGCGCUUGCUGCCGCCAUGGACACGAGCGAAGACGACGACCUGCCCAGCGAGACCGUGCUUAAGUUUGAGACGGAGGAGGAGCAGCUGAGUUUUAUUCAGCGUGUUCGAACAACAAUCUCCAAUUUGCCCAACACUUCUGUGCCUUCGGCCAUGGCCGAAGAUGCAAGAAAUCUGGUCAAAGUCGAACAAGACCGACAGCGAUAUCAAUCCAGUCGCCGCGGCAGCACCAAGGCAUCUUUGGACGACUCUUUCGGCGGUUCCUUUCGGGGGCGCAUCGGGGCUUUUUCUGGCGGCUCGCGCCACUCCCUCGUGGAGGACGUGCAACGGCGGCACAGCAUUGCGGCACACGAUGUGUCUCUUGGUGGGGGUGAGCUCGAUGGAGAGCACAAGCGACGCAGCAGCUUUUUGCGGCGCACGGUGGGGCGCAUGGCCCGCGGUAUCCGUAGUCUAUCGCGGUCGAGUAACAACGCCAAGACCAGCAGCAAGCGGAAAAACUCCAAGACUUCGCGGGCGUCCUUUACGGACGACACUGCCGAGGCAUUUUUCCAAGCACCUCAGCCGUUGACGCCUUUGGAGAACCGAAUGGUAACGCAGGAAACUUGCGAGGAAUCUCCCGCAAAGCGCGCCAAUUUGGUCCCUGGUCGUGGUCGGGUGCCCAUGCCCGUAUCACCUAUGCCAACCAGUCGCCUGGCCACGGCACCCAUGCUCUCCUUUCGUGCACAAAACAUCGAUGGUCAAACGUCCGACUUGUAA